AUGACGAUUGAUCUUACCAAAACCCCACUUGAAAAUGCAGCUUUCCAAGUCGCGCACGAGUUUGGUCACGUUUUUGGACUUUGGCGUGUUCACCAGCGUGAGGAUCGAGACAACUGGUUUUACUUCGAUUGCAAGAACCUCGUUGGCUACGAGCGCACCAAGAUCGAAGUCGAGAGGGAUGGCAGAGUUACCAUGGACCAGGUCUGUGACAGCCCCUUCCUGAGCUACAAGUACGGCUUUCUUGCGGCGGCGUGGUCGAAGCACGACUACGUCGACGAUAAAGACUGGCAAUGGCGACUCCACACUGGGCCGUUCGACGUCAAGUCCAUCGUGUGAAUCUAUAACCGACCCUGGC